AUGGAGUUCUGCUUGACGGAGUACCCAAUGCUUGAGAAUGCGAAGGUGUCAUACCAGAAAUGGGACGGGGGAUACCCAGCACCUACUGGGGCAAAGGUGGUCUUCACUUGCUAUGAGGGAUUCACGGAUGGAAAGUCGGAGCACCAGGCCACCUGCUCCUCAAUCCCUGAUCAUUGGUGCACGUCCUUCCGCUCUGGCGAUGUGAAAUGUUCAAAACCGGUUUAUCCAGAGUGCCGGAAAACGGAGAGAGGAAAGGAGUACGUGGGAAAACGAAACGAGACUGUGACGGGGAAGGAAUGCCUCAGAUGGGAUUCCAAGCCCUACGGGAAACCGAACGACUUCGAAUCCCACUUUGAAGGAAAGACCCUGUAUUCCAAGCCCUACGGGAAACCGAACGACUUCGUGGCCACGCUUCUUUACGAGGAGCAUUUCUUCAAUGAGGACUCGGGCUCCCAUGAAAAUUAUUGCAGGAAUCCCACUUUGAAGGAAAGACCCUGGUGUUUCAUCUCCGACUCUAAAAUCGAGUGGGAAUUCUGUGACAUCCCCCUUUGCGACGAUCAAGUUCCACUCGAGUGCAAGCUGACACAGAAAGGUGGAGAAUAUAUGGGAACCAAGAACAGAACCAUUUUAGGGAUCAAAUGCAAGCCAUGGUUGAAAAUGCCAUUGUCAAGCCAAUAUCGCAAGUGGAGCCAGAGAAUCCCUGCGUUCUCAGAUGAAGUGCAAGAAGGACAUAAUUACUGCAGGAAUCCUGGGGGUCGUCCUGCAGGACCUUGGUGCUACUACGGCACCUUGGAACAUGAAUGGCAGUACUGCGAUGUCCCUUUCUGUUCUCUUCCAAAACGAGGACCGAGUGGAAUUCAGAAAAUUGGAGCGGUUUACCCAAAUUGUCGGAUGACGAAAAUGGGCAAGGAGUACAUGGGCAAUGUUAAGACAAGCGAGACAGGGAAGCCGUGAAUGAGAUGGGG